AUGACUCCUCCAGAACACCUGAGAAAGAUGUCCCUGCUUGGAGAGCCUGGGACUUUAGAAGAAAAACAUUUAUAUCGAUUGGCGAGUGGGUUAACGGCAGGAGAAUUGUGUCAGCGACAAGAGAUGUUGGUGAGAAAUCAGAUGAUGACCGUUAACCCUCCACUGGUAGGGUCAGUGCAACAGAGAUUACAAGCAAUUCCCUCACAAUUUGAACCUCGAUUUCUGGACAGAGAGUUGAUGUCUUCUACUGAAAUGAUUUCACCGGCUGACCCAAGGCAGAUUCGUGUCACUUCCCAUCUUGGGCCUUCAGUUCCUCCAGCCGCAGGCGUGUCCAAUGUGCUCUCCAACCACAUCUUCUCAGGUUAUGGCUUUCUGCAACCGGAAUCCUUGGAGACAGUGGCUAGGAGGCAGGAGUUUCUCCAAAAGCAGAAUAUUGCCAGGAUGGAAAUGGAAAUGAACACCGUCUUCCAACAGAAGGAAAUGGAGAAAGCUCAGCGCAAAGGGCUGGUGGCUUUGGAGUCUCCCUUCAUCUACCCAGGCCUUCCUGCCGGCCCGGCCCAGCCUUUCCGGGGCCGGUCCAGACUUCCCGACGGACAGAUCCCCAGUGACCUGUUUGUCCGCCGUGCCCCCCUAGACGACCUUCCCGGGAGCGCCAUCCUAAUGGCCAAUGGGCCAUACCCGGCUGCGGGAAGCUUGCCCAGGGAACGGAUUCGCCGGCCGGGGAGGAGGACGGGAAGCCACAGAGCCUCGGACUGCCAUACCAGCGGCUCUAAGAGCCAAGCGGAAGAAAAGAUUCAUGACGAGCCCCCUGCAACUCCAGAGGAGGAGAAGGAUGGUAAGAGAGAUCUGCUUUCCAAACCCGAGCUGAGCAAGAGCCAAGGAGAGGCAGUGACUGCAUCUGCCAAAGACUGCAAAGACGAUGAGCCCAGCUGUAGAAAGCCCUGUGGAGCUCAGAGGGAACCGAACGGCUGCGUCAGGGAGAACGGGAAGGAUUCCAGUCAUCCUUGUGCCAUUUUCGACGACAAGUACGUGUACCACUCUGCAGUUCCGCUACCCGCACUACCUUAUGGGUUACCGGUCACCAGCACCUCAUUAUUACCUCCAGGAACACCCGCUCUAUUUUUAAACGGAGAAGACCUUCCUUCGGUUGAAGAUAUUCGGAAAUGGGGUGUGGAGGACGUUUACAACUUCAUUACUCACCUUCCAGGUUGUUCAGAUUAUGCGCAGGUAUUUAAAGAGCAUGAAAUCGAUGGGGAAACUUUGCCAUUACUCUCGGAGGAACAUCUUUUGGACACUAUGGGAUUAAAACUGGGACCGUCACUAAAAAUUCGAUCUCAGGUAUCUCGACGCCUGGGCCAGGCGCUGUACAUGGCAAGUCUUCCUCUCCCAACGCCCCUGCCAUCUGCGGCAGGGAAAUCUUCGGACCAACAGGGCGAAAUUGCCUCCCCUCUGAACUGCCACCUUAGUGGGGAGCUACUGGGCACCCCGUGUUCUCAGGACGCGGAUGUCGCCAAAGCGGUGGAGCAAACACUGUCAGAAACCCGGGAGACUCCAGACGCGCAGGGAGAGUUACAGACUCCCAGUUUUCCAAAGAAUUGA